AUGAAGACGUUGCUGUUCUUAUCGUUCCUCAUCGCACUGAUCUCAGUUUUGCUCCCAUCGGUCUCUUCAGCUCCAUCAGCUCCUUUAGAGGACUACGUGAGACAAUAUGCCGAUUUCGCUCCUGAACCCUUUCAAUUGAGAAAGAAAUGGACCCGACUCGAGCCGUCAAUUCGCUUCUUCAAGAGAUCCGGCAGCGACUAC